AUGCUUCCAAUGAUAGCCCUUGCUGGAGCUAUAGGUACUGGCUUGUUCCUUGGCUCUGGCAGCGCGAUCGCCCAAGCAGGACCUCUUGGAGCAUUUCUGGGCUACACCAUUGUUGGAGUCCUCGUGGUUGGAUCAGUCUUCUCCAUCGCCGAGAUGAGCGCGCUGGUCACUCUAUCUGGUGGUAUCAUCCGACAUGCUGAACACUUCGUGGAUCCUGCGCUGAGCUUCGCGGGUGGCUGGAACUAUGUCUACUACUCAUUGAUGGCUCCGCCGGCAGAGGUUGUUGCUGCUGCCGUGCUAGUUGAGUUUUGGCUCACGGUCAACAAUGCUAUCUGGAUCACAGUGUUUGGUCUCUUACUGGUGGCCAGCAUUAUCAUCUUGGUCAGGAUCUAUGGCAAGCUUGACAUUGACCACACAAUUCCGUUCGCGAUGCUCAAAAUCAUGCUCAUCGUCGGCCUCAAUAUCAUGGCACUAGUCGUAGCCUGUGGAUGCGGACCCGAUCAUCAUGCAUAUGGCUUCCAGUACUGGCGCAAUCCCGGCCCUUUCGUGCAAUACCUUGGUAUCGACGGCAGUCUGGGUCGCUUUCUAGGCUUCUGGACUGUCUUCUCCAAUGCUGUCUACGCCUACUCCGGAGUCGGAUACAUCGCCGUCGCCGCUGCCGAGACCGAAUCACCAAGGAGAAAUGUCCCAACCGCCGCCAAGCGGAUCUUCUGGAGAGUUGGGCUGUUCUAUGCGUUGUCCAUGUUCAUGGUUGGUCUUAUAGUACCUUCGAACGAUGAGAACUUGCUCCAAACUUCGGGAACGGCUGCUCAAUCGCCUUUCGUCAUUGCCGCUACUCGAGCUGGCAUCAAGAUCGUGCCCUUGAUUAUCAAUGCAGUGGUACUGAACUCCGCUUGGAGCUCGGGAAACAGUGGACUUCUUUCAGGAUCUCGUGUUCUAUAUGGUCUUGCUCAGGAAGGCCGUGCGCCGAGAAUCUUGAAGCGUACUAAUCGCUUGGGCAUACCGUGGGUAGCUGUACUGUCCAUGGGCGUGUUCCUUGGUCUUGGAUACAUGACAUCGGGGAAUACAGCAUCGACCGUGUUCACUUGGCUGCAAGAUCUAGUGUCCGUGUGCGCUCUCGUCAACUGGAUCAUCAUCUGCACUGUCUACCUGCGUUUCUACUACGCCAUGAAGAAGCAGAAUAUCAGCAGAGACCGACUGUCAUGGAAGGCGCCAGGCUGGGACACAGAGACCUUCAUCUCCAAGUACAUCAACAUCCCAUUGGUCAUCGCCUUGUACAUCGGGUUCAAGUUGUUCAAGAAGAGCAAUAUAGUACCAUUGGCAAAUGUGCCUAUACUUCACUACAUUGAGAUUGCUGAGCACAACCCAGAGCCUCCUCCGAAGCCGGUCACUGGAUGGCGAAGACUGAACAUUCUCUGGAGCUAG